AGUGUAGCUUGAACUUCUCAGCGGUAAACAUCGCCCUCCCUCAACAACCUUCAACUAUAUCUACUCUACUACUACUACUACUACUACUGCUGCUGCUGCUGCUGCUGAUCUCCAGCACGAGACCUGGCGGAGUGCGAGUUUUCCCGGCGCGCCGCGAUUUUCUUCUUUGAUUUUCCUCUUCAUCUAUUCAUCAUCGAUCAUUCAGUCGAGUCGGUUGUUGUUAGUGCGGUUGGUAGUUGUUACGUUGCGUACGAUGUUAUUGGAGUGUUGGGUGCUGGUUUCGCUGGUGAUGAUGUGCUGGUGAUUAAGGGAUGUCUGUGGGAAAACGGGAAACUGUUUCGUCCGGCCUUUGUAGCUGGGAAGAUGAGGCAUCACCAGACGGCGAUCGAAAUAUCGAAUGGGCACCUGAACCUCAUAUAUCGGUCGAAGAUUUCAGGGCCGUGAAGUCAACCUAGGUACUCAUCGGUCAUCAUCUCGACAACCCGCGCUAGACAUGUAUAAAAUAUCGUACGAAAAAUGUGUAUGUUUUAUAUUCCUAGUGAUUUUAGCAGUUUUAAGUUGUUCUGGUUUCCGCAUAGAUAAUUUAGCGAUGACGGACAUAAGCAAAAGGAAUUCACCCGCACGGUUUUUCCUCGACUCGUCGAGGAUCUACCAAUCUGUUUCCACGGACAGAACGCAAAGUGCACCGACUUAUCACCACAGAAUCCGCCAUCAGCGGCACCUGAGAGCUCAAGCUCAUACUUUACGACACACACCCACGGCACAAAUAGACGCUAUAACCUACCCCCCGAGACCCUAUCCGCCCUCCCCCGCGAUCGUGACGCGCCCCCAAAGGUCCUCCCAGCAACAGCACCAUCCGAACAAGAGGAACCUCAAGAGGAGGCCGGGAGACGACGUCACCAAGAAGACCUACGAAGCCCCAAUCGUGGUGCUAGCGAAGGCAGAAAGCCGGCAAAUCAACGGCAGUACCUACACGUUUCGUCUAAUCGAAACCAUCAAGAACAAUUCGACGAUGCCAGUGGACGACGCGUUAGUCAUCACGUUCCACAAGACGACGCACAACGAGCGAAAAAAACACAGGGAGCAAAUCAAAACCUCCAAGGAGUACAUCUUGUUCCUCAAGUACAACGGGGCGCACAUCUAUACGGUUUUUAGUGACCCGGAACUACUAAAGAAGAACGUCAAAUCGAAAACUUUGAAGGUUGUCAGGAAAAUUGCCAAUCCCAAUUUCAGACCGAAACCUGUCGAAGUGACUCUGGAAAGAAAAAUCCCACUAAAAGAAGUUCAGAGUACGCAACUGAUAUGCAAAACUAGAGGACUGCCCAUUCCAAAUAUAACGUGGAGGAGGAACGGUAACGACCUCCACAGAUCACAAAAAAGUAUUCAAAUCAUCUACAAUAAAAAGAGGAAAAGUACGUUAAUAGUGAAAAAUAGCACGAACCACAGCAACGACAUAUUCGAGUGCAUUGCCACAGGGGUGGACGGAGCAGAAGAAAAGGCAUUUUUUUCGGUGUCAGCCUCAGCGUCGUCAUAUGAUGAGAAAGAUUGUACGUCUACAGGAUACUGUCUUAAUGGGAAAUGCACUUAUAUAUCCUCCAUGAGAGAGCCUUAUUGCCUAUGUUUUGAUGGCUUCUUUGGGGACAAGUGUCAGAAUUUCAAACCCCCAGGCAGUAUGUAUACUCCACCCUCUCAAUUUGCUUGUAAAUUAGGGCUUCAGACAAAAUUCAAUUGUUAGCGUACGAUUUAAAAAGUGAUCUGUGGUGAUCUGAUUUUGUCAAUUUGUAAAUUACUUUUGUUACCGAUGUAUAUAUGAAAUAUAAAAAACCGGUAUAAAAAACCUCGUCUAACAGAUUAAAAAAAACGAUUAAAUCCGAACGGUUUAACGGUGGUGAUUUCUGAAAGAUGAUUUGUACAUUUGUAUGUAAACAAUCCUAAAGAAUAAGACUGUCGCUUUCUAU